AUGGAGCAAGCUAAUAAAUUAGAAGAAGACGGAAAAUUAAGAGAAAGCUCCGAAAUCAGGAUAAAAAAUUAUCCUGUUACCUUAUUUCUUAAAAACAAGGUUAACGAGUCAAAACUAGAAAAGUAUCCCCGUGAAAUAGAUUACUAUUUAUUAAGCGAACAAGAAAAAAAAGAUGCCUUAGAGAGUGAAAUAAAAAAAAUCGAAGUGGAUAUUAGUAGCAAUCCAAGCACAGAAGUUUUAACAGAAAAAUUACAAAGAAAAACUCAUUUAAUACAAAGGUCUGAAAAAUUACAAAAAGAAACGAAAAGCAAUAUCCUUGUUAGAUAUUUAAAUUAUGUUAGUAACAACGAAAGACUGUGA